UUUAUAACUAUUGACCAGAUGAGGGAUAAUUUAGCAGCUGUCUCUAACUCUGUAAGACAAGCAGGAGAAAGACGUCAAAGAAUCAAGAAAUGUCGGUGAACGCCUCUUCGUUCUUCAACAGCAGCCUUCCGAACUCCAACAUGUCCGCCAGCGUCUUCUCCAGCUCUUUCUACACACUCUGCCUCAGCUCCAGCCCGAGCUCCUUCAUCUACACCACGUUCAACGUCAUCCGAAUAUUCCUCACCCUCCCUCUCUGCCUCUUUGUUCUCAACCUCGGUCUUCAGCAGCAGAAGAAGAGUCCGUCCUCUUCCUCAGGGACGAUGAGUCACACCGACUACUUCACCUACCAUCUGGUGACCAUGGAGCUCAUCGAUGUGUUGGGAUACAUUUUCUCCUUCAUUGGCAUCAGUAGCAAUGAUCUAUAUCUGAUAGUCUGUGGGGUCUAUGUUAUGUUCUUUGUGUGGUACGGCCAGAUGUCCUUUCAUGUCCUGAUGUGCGUGGAGCGCUACCUGGCUGUGGUUCAUCCCAUCGCCUACGUGGGAUUUAGGAAUGAAAGAGGAAUCAGAAUCAGGAACGCCGUCGUCGGCUGCGUUUGGUUGCUUUGCUUCAUCGGAAUGGCUUUAAUUUCUGUGAGGAAUAUGGUUUUCCCUGGCUGCAUGUUGAUCGUUUCCCUAACAAGCGUUUCCUUCUGCAGCCUGUCUGUGCUGUGUGUCCUGAUCCGGCCCGGUCCCGGGGAGCAGGCUGAAAACCGGGACCGGGUCGACCCGUCCAAGCAGAGGGCUUUUUACACCAUUUCUGCUAUUCUGGCCGCUCUUCUGCUGAGGAUAACAUGGGGAGCUCUUUACUUUGUCCUGUACCUCAGACAAGGAGCUGAUGAUUGCGUCAUAAUAGUGUCAUGUGUCUGGUUCACCAUACCAAGCAGCCUGGUGCUACCGCUGCUGUUUCUACACAGAGCAGGAGAAUUGCAGUGUUGUAAGCUGCAAUGUUUGAUAGAGAAGUUACACUUUUAGGGUUAAUGAUAUUUACAUUUUUAUCUAGGGAAAUAUUUAUUCACUUUACCAUUCUUAUGAAUUGGGACAUUUCACUCGUUCAGUUUUUUUCUUAAAGGGUACAUAAAAUCACAUUUUGCCUGUUUUUGUUCUUUAUUUUGAGACUCUGAUGCUUCAAAAACAGCCCCAGCGCUUUAAAAAAUAAUCUGUUUUUUAGCAAUAAGUUAAAAUUCUUUGGCGUUUAAAAACCUCUAAAAUGUAACGUCAGAAUUCAGGAGGCACUGUGUUUCACCUAGUAACCGCAGUGAAGCCCAGCCUGUUACCGAACAACCCAAACGGAGUUCUGCCCGUCUCCUAGCAACCCAGGCCGAGCUGCAGAACAUUUCUUCAGCUGGUUUUGCCGCUGUAUGCCGGAAAAGACAAGUGUUUUGUUGUUCACUUAACACCCUGAAAAAAGUGGCCACAUUCUUGUUGGUUGUGUAGGAGGAUCCGCUUUUGCUUUUCAAAGAUGUGUAGUUGUAUAAUUGCGAGUCUGUUUGCAGCCGUGUUCUCCUUUAUUUCCAUGGAAAUUGAUUAAUCCGAAAAUGUUUUAUUGUUACUGGAGGAGCGUCUUUUUAAUUGUGCUUGGAAAUUUUCUCCCCAGACUUGUUUUUAAAUACGACUUGUCUGUAAACAUAUCACCAGUUAUUUUUAUUUCACAUGGUCUUCUUUUUUCUUUUUUACUUUCCACUCUUUCCUGUGAAAAAAUAUAAAUAUUCUGGCCAAUAUUUGAAUGUAAAUGACAUUUAAACAAGUGACGAUUAGUACAUUUGACCUACUCAAUCACUUCAGAGCGAAGGUGACUACUUCAUGAGUUUUUAUUAUCUCUGUAAGAAAUGUGUGAUGGCAAAUGUUAAUUUUUUUGCAUACUGGUACUUUCUGUUAAAAGCAGAUCAAAGUA